UUUUGUUAUUGCCUUUCUGGGAAUAGCUUGCUCAUAGUUCCAACCUCUUGUGAGCUGGUGUCUAUGCAUUUUACUAUGUCAAUUGUCAGGAAGAAAGUUCACAUGUCUUCUAAAAAUGUCAAAGUUGUCUCAAGCAGAAUGGUAUUUGACAAUGACGGCCGCCUCAUUUCUUUUGAAGGAAUCUACCAGUUGUUUGGAGAUAUGUGGGAGAUUGAAAAAUGGGUUUGUUUGAAGAUGCAGCUAAUUUCAAUUGUUACAGCUAAUCUCAUUGAAGAUGCAGAUGUGAAGCUUUUUUUCCUCUGGAUCAACGAAUGUCAUCUGAAGCAGAACUGCCCUUCCGAGUCUUGGUCAGAUAAAGCUGUCGUUAAAUCAUCCCUUACUGAUCAUGAUGAUCUCAAGGUUGUCUUCUCUCUAGGCUUGCUGAGUGUCUUAGUAGUGGGCCUAAUGCUGCAAUGUUCCGCUGAUGAUGCUUUCUUGUGCCAAGUUCUAUGGUGUCAUGAGAUCAGAAAAUGUUUGAAUGGCAGGAUUCGUGAUGAUAUUGAAAAGGAGGUUGCUUUCCAAGGCCUAUGUGCAAUGGAAAUAAGGAGCAAGGAGCUACACAAUGAACUUUGUCAGGUGUUGCAUGGCUAUAAACAGUCUACCUCCUGUGAUGCUAAUGGUCAAAUUAAUGCAUUCAUUCUAAUUGAAUUUCUUUUUAAACAAAGACUUGAAAAAAGAAUACGAAGCAAGAGGCACCAUAAGUGGGGAAUCUACCAGUUGUUUGGAGAUAUGUGGAGAUUGGAAAAUGGGUUUGCUUGAAGAUGCAGAUGUUACAGCUAAUUUCAAUUGUUACAUUACAACUUAUUUCUUUGAAGAUGUAGAUGUAAAGCUUGUUUCCUCCAAAUCAACAAAUGUCUUCUGAAGCAGAGCUAUAAAGGAAGAAGAACCAAAGGAGCUGUUUCAUCAAAUGUAUCGGUCUGUAGCUCAUCGAAGGAGUAGAAUUCUGAACCAUAUCCAGGAGAGAGACAUUCAUGUUCUCGUAUUUUCAGCAGGGCUUGCAGAUAUCAUAGAGGCGGUCCUCAUUCAGGAACUUCACAAGUCUUCUAAGAAUGUCAAAGUUGUCUCAAAUAGAAUGGUAUUUGACAAUGACGGCUACCCCAUUUCUUUAAAAGGUGUUUUUGAAUCAUUGUCCAUCGUCGCACAUCCAAGAUCUUUUGGUUUUUCUGGCACCAAGGAUAAGCGUGCAGUGUCAAGUCAGAGGGAAAUAUUGGCUACUAUCAAGGGAUUAGCAGAUUCAUUAGAAAGAAAUGGGUUCAUCAGCUACUUUAUUUAACAGAUCUGUAAAAACAAAGAGCUGCAGUGAGGAAGGUGCAGGAGUAUUACAAGGAAAGUGGUGAUAUCGAUGGACAUUGAGGUAACUUCCUCGCUGUCUGACUACUGAAAGGGCUGUAGUGAGUUAUCUUCUAUCAUUUUCUACACGGCUUUUUUUAUGUUGGGCCUACAAUAUUUUGUCUUUUAUAUGUUAGAUUAAUGUUCUUACAGAAUUAGCUAACAUGUUUU